AUGACGACAACAAACAAGGGCAAAAUAAUUCACAGGAGCAACAGUCUGAGGCUCAGCCUCAGCAGGGUGAUCAGCCCAAUCCACCGGUCAAGGAAGGCGAAAGAAAAAGUGUCGGGGACUACGUGGACGAAGAGCGGAAGCUACUGCAGGAGGGAGACACAUACAGUGGACUCAUGUAGGCUAUUCUGUUCUCUGGCGUUGGGUUAUGCUGGUCGUCAUUCUAUCUUGAGUAUCAAGUGUAUCCCUUCAAAUUGA